GUGAUGCACUUCAAGAUCGUGCAAUGGGGACGUGGAGCGCAGGGAAUGUGGUCGCAGAUCGUCAAGUGCAUCGCGCACCUCUCGAGCGAGUAUGGAAUGUCUGGGAGGUUUUCGGAGGUCGGAGAGGAUCUGAUUCACGCACAGGACUUCGCGUUGAUGCCAGUAUCCCACAGACUAGAGUCGUUGCACAGCCCGCUGCACCCGUUGACGCCUGGACGGUAUGAACUGCGAGGCAUCACCAUCGCCGAGAACGCGUUCGUCUACGAAUGCGCCGUGAACAUCACAUUGCAAGAGAACGGCAUGAUGUCCGGCACGUCUCGAGAGCUGCCAUUCACACAGGAGUGCCCGCUUGCUGGCAUGUGGACGCGAAGCGGAUUGAACUACCUACUGCAGUACGAGAUGCACGGCAACAAGCACACGUACAUCUACUUUGGCACUCCGUUCCGCUCCGGGUUGCAGGGUACAUGGCAGAACUCGGAGCUGCGAGCACUGGAAAACAAUCUGGACGCGCGUGCAAGUCAAGCGGAGCGCGGGAUCUUGGAGUUCCAGCUACUCAAGGCCGUUCGCGUUUGGAGCGAGGCAUAUCACAAAGACUACCCGGCGGCAUUCCGGGAGUGCGUCAAGCUCUUGCUGCUCGCGUCUCAUCGCGAUGAGCUCCUGCCCAACCACUUGUGGAGCUCCAUUGUAUCCUACUGCGGGUACGACUGGUUCUGCAGCGACCUGCAGAAGUCGCUAGCACCUAACGAAGCCAAAGAGAGCGAUAUCGAGGCACUUCAAGUGCCAUGAAAGCAAUAAACUGUAGCCAUGCCGAUAAG